AUGUCUACCAUCGACAGGCUCCAAAUCCAGGGCGUCCGGUCCUUCGACAAUCGUCAUCCUAUGGUGAUUCAGUUCGAAAAGCCAUUGACACUGAUUGUUGGGCCCAACGGCAGUGGCAAGACGACCAUCAUCGAAUGUCUACGGUAUGCAACAACUGGAGAUCUACCCCCGAACGCGAAGCAGAACGGUGCAUUCGUACACGAUCCCGCGCUGUGUGGCGAGAAGGAGGUCAUGGCUCAGGUCAAACUCAGAUUCAAGGAUCGUGGCGGCACAGUCUAUACCUGCACUCGGAGUCUGCAGCUCACGGUGAAGAAGGCCAGCCGUACCACAAGUGCUGUUGAAACGAAUCUCUUGAUGCACAAGAAUGGCGAGAAGGUGUCUCUCAGCUCUCGCGUGGCGGACAUGAACGCCCUGGUGCCGGGUUAUCUAGGAGUCUCUCGAUCAGUGCUCGAGAGCGUGAUCUUCUGUCAUCAAGAGGAAUCGCUAUGGCCCAUGUCCAGUCCGAAAGAUCUCAAGGAACGCUUUGAUGCCAUCUUCGAGGCCGUGAAGUACACCAAAGCGAUCGACAACAUCCGGGUCAUGGCCAAGAAUUAUAAAGGCAAGCUCGAAGUCUACAAGAAUGACGAAGAGCACCGCAGGCAUAACAAGGAUCGUGCAAAGCUCAUCGAAAAGCAGUCCGAGAAGCUGACUGUUGAGUGUGACGAUCUUCGCCAGCAACACGCCGACCUCAGCGAUCGCCUUGAUCAGGCAGGCCGCAAUUUCGAAAUGGCGUCUACAAAGGCACGUGAGGCUGGUGCAAUUGCUGGCCAGCUUGUUGGCAAGCGUAUUGAGGAAAGGACGAAGGAGGAGAGUGUGCAGAGUCUUCGAGAGAAUCUCAAAGAGAUGUCAGAUUCUGAUGACGAGCUUCAACGUAUGGUCGAGCAGUAUGACGAGCGAGUGCAGCAUCAUCAAGACGAUCUCAAUGCGGAGAAGCAGCAAUACUCAGACAUGAAUCGAGAAGUACAGCAAGCUCGCGACCUUGUUAGCACGAAGGAGCGCGAUUGUGGCUCGUACGAAGCGCAAGCUCAGCAAUACGAGCGUCAGGUAGCAAGUCGCGAGAAGCUUGUAAAGGAGACGGCACGCAGCCACAAUAUCCGCGGCUUCGAUCUUCAGCUCGAUGCAGAACAAGUGGCUGUCUUCAUGGACCGGAUCACCAAGAUGGCCCGAGAUCAGAAUGCCACCUUUGAACGCACAAGGCGCGAGACACAGGAAAAGUUGCAGCGUGAGCAGCAAGCGCUGAACGACUUGAAUCAGCAAAAGACUACCAUCAACGGCCGCAAGGAGAACGCGCGGCAAGCCAUCGCGACCAAUGAUCGCAAGAUCGGUAGCCUUCAGAGCGAUGUCAAUCGUAUCAGCAUCGACGAAGGCGCCAAAGCAACAAUGGAGGCCAACCUACAAGAUGUUGACACAAGACUUGCAACUGCGAAAGCGGACGAGGAGUCUUCCGCUUGGGAGCAGAGCCUGGAGGAUGCAGAAGGCGCGCUCAGAAAGUUGGAGGACCGCAAAGACAAGCUCGAUGGUGAGUUGAUCGAAGGUACUCGUCAGGCCAGCGAGACUGCUCGGGUGGAUCUGCUUCGUAAGGACGUAAAGGACCGGGAGCGCAGCCUCGAGACCAUGAUCAGUACGUACAGCAACAAGAUCAACAGCCUAAUCGGUACAGACUGGCAGCCCGACACCGUUGAAGGCGACUUUCAACGGACUCUGGACGAGAGCGGCGAACAGGUUGCGGAUGCUGAGCGCCAGCGUGACGGCACGAACCGCGAGAAGGAUCAGAUCGACUUUCAACUUGGCACAUGUCGCAGAGAGUUGAAGGACAAGCGGCAGGCUGUGAAGGCGGCUGGAGAGAAGAUCAAGAAGGAAUGUGGAGUUACUGCCGAGGAAUACACGGACGAACUCCGCCAGUAUGAGGAGAGUCGGGCCAACCUCAAAUCUGAUGCCGAUUCGAUUAAGCUGAUAUUCGAGUACUUCGAGGCUUGCAUCAAGACCGCCAAGGAUGCUUCGAAGCCAUGCUGUCGUACGUGUGGGCGCGGGCUCAGCAAGGACAAGAAAGACGCCGACCAACUGCUCAAGAACGUAGAGAGGGAGAAGCAGAGACUUCAGAAAGAUCUUGGAGGGACACCAGAGGAUCUGGAGCAGCUUGAGAAGGAGCUAGCUUCGUUCAAAUCGGUCGAGCAUGAAUUUGAGACUUGGGAGAGACUGAAACAGAAAGAGCUACCAGGUCAUGAUCGCGAGGAGAGCAAGCUGAAGGCAUCACGUGAGAAGUUGAUCGAGCAGUUGGAGCAGCAGGAUGCUGUGGUCGAAGAGCGUCAAGCCGCGAAGCGUGAUAUUGAUGCCGUGUCUCGUACUGUACAGAGCAUCACGAAAUUGCACAAAGAGAUCAUUGAUCUACAACACUCGAUCGAGGAGCUCUCAGCGAAGCAGAAGUCCCGGGGUGUAUCACGUGGCCUGGAGCAGAUCCAAGAAGAUCUCAAGAAGACAAAUGAGGAAGCUCGCGCCGCAAAGGCUCGUCUCGCCAAGGUCAACGGCGAUCGUGAGCGUACCCGUGGUGUGGUCAACGGUCUUGAGCUCCAGACACGCGACAUCCGCAGCAAGCUCAGCACGGCAGAGUAUCAGCUCAAGGAGAAGCGGUCUCUGGAGGGUCAGAUGGAAGAUCUGAAGAAACACAUUUCGGAACUGCGCGACGGCAAUAAAGCUCAUGACAAGGAAUUGCAGGAACUCGUGCCAAAGCUGGCUCAGGCCCAAGCCAAGUACGACGAUGUCGCACGUGCCGGCGCCGACGAGGAUCGCAAACUCCAAGCGGGUUUGAACAAGCUUAACACCAGCGUCAACCAGUUGACCCUUGCCAGUGAAGACAUCGAUUCCUACAUUGCUCGUGGAGGCCCAACUCAGCUUGAGCGCGGCAAGCGUGAUGUGGAAGCUCAAAAGACAGAAGUAAGUCGCCUGGAGGAGGAGCAAGGUCAGAUCGUCCGCCGCGUCAAAAAGCUCGAAGACCAGCUCCGUAACCAAGACGAAACAAGGAGAAGCAUCGCCGACAAUCAGCGCUAUCGUCGAGACCUGAGACGCCUUCAGCAGGUGCGCGAGGAGAUCUCCGAACUAGAAACCCAUGAUGCUGAACGAGACCAAGCCAAGUAUGCGGCAGAGGGUACUAGGUGGCAGAAUGAACAGAGCAAUCUUGGGGCUCAGCGGUCAGGCGUGGCUGGAACGCUCAAAUCGAAGGACCAGAUACUGGAGGAGAUACUGAACGACUACGAGACUGAAUACAAAGAUGCAGCUCGCAAGUACAAGGAGGCUCACAUCAAUGUCGAGACGACCAAGGCAUGUGUUGCGGAUCUCAACAGUUUUGGUACUGCGCUCGAUCAGGCUAUCAUGCGGUACCACUCUAUCAAGAUGGAAGAGAUCAAUCGCAUCAUUGACGAGCUGUGGCGCAAGACCUACCAAGGUACGGACGUCGACACGAUCUUCAUCAAGAGUUCAAAGGAGGGCGGCAGGACUGCGAAGUCGUAUAACUACCACGUGUGCAUGGUCAAGCAGGAUGCAGAGAUGGACAUGCGUGGACGCUGCUCCGCAGGCCAGAAGGUCCUGGCCUCGAUCAUCAUUCGUCUGGCGCUUGCGGAGUGCUUUGGUGUCAACUGUGGAUUGAUUGCUCUCGACGAGCCCACCACGAAUCUGGACAAAGAUAACAUCAAGGCGCUGGCAGAGAGUCUGUCGGAGAUCAUCAAGAUGAGGAAGGUGCAGCGCAACUUUCAGCUGAUUGUCAUCACGCACGACGAGGAAUUCUUGAAGCACAUGAAUUGCAGCGAAUAUGCGGACACAUAUUGGCGUGUGAGUCGCAGUGAUACACAGAAAAGUAUAAUUGAGAGGCAAAGCAUUGCCGAAGUCAUCUAG